UGUAGGAGGAUGCAUCCCUGACAGAUGGCUGUCCACCUUCUGCUUUAACAGCUCAGGAGAAGGAGCAGCCACCACCUCUCAAUAAUCUCUUACUUUUUGGAAGCUUCUCUUAGUGUUGAGCUGAAAUUAUUUUCACACAUUGGCUCUGAUAAUGGUUGGCUGAUUCUGUGUGAUGAUGAGUAUGGAAUGUUCCAUCAAAAUGCAACACAUGAAAAAACCGCUCUCUAAUUCUCUUAGCAGAUGUUUUUCCUAAAUAUUUGCCUGCCAUCUAGUGGCUCAAAAAAGUAGUUUCGAUUAACACUUUUGUCGCUGAAGAAACACACAUUUAUUUCAAUGUGAUUGUUCCUUCGGUAAGCCGUCCUAAAGGGAAAAUGUUUUUUAAAAUUCUUUGAAAAUGUUGUGGCAACAAUCUUGGUUUCAUAAAAUGUUCUCCCAAUAGAGGUUUGUGCAGUGAAUUGCCAUUAGAUGUGCUGAUUGUUUGCAACUAAUACAGUAUUCCAUCUUUGUAUUUUCCCUUUUAUUCCCACAGCAGCUCUGUUUAAUGGGUAUGUUAUGUCAGCUAUAUGUUGUAUCCACUCUAGGCAAUUAAAGUGCAUGGCUUCAAAGAUGCUGGGAGCUGUCGUUUGUUAAGGGUGCUGGGAAUUGUAGCUCUGUGAGGGGCAAACUACAGUUCCCAGGAUUCUUGGGGAAAAGCCAUUGCUUUGCAUUUAUGGUGUUUGGAAGCCAUGGCACAUGUGCAACAUGUGACAGGCAGUAUGAGAUUCUGGCAUUCUUGGAUUGAAGAGACCUUCUGUGCACCUUUCCUCCAAGCAGCCACAUUUUGGCACUCUACCCAAAUAGACUGGCUCAGUUUUAACAUAAUAGGUAAAGGUAAAGGGACCCCUGACCAUUAGGUCCAGUCGUGGCCGACUCUGGGGUUGCAGCGCUCAUCUCGCUUUAUUGGCCGAGGGAGCCGGCGUACAGCUUCCGGGUCAUGUGGCCAGCAUGACUAAGCCGCUUCUGGCGAACCAGAGCAGCGCACGGAAACGCCGUUUACCUUCUCGCCAGAGCAGUACCUAUUUAUCUAGUUGCACUUUGACGUGCUUUCGAACUGCUAGGUUGGCAGGAGCAGGGACCGAGCAACAGGAGCUCACCCCAUCGCGGGGAUUCAAACUGCCGACCUUCUGAUCAGCAAGCUCUAGGCUCUGUGGUUUAACCCACAGCACCACCCACGUCCCAUUUUAGCAUAAUAAGACAUUUUUAUCAUAGCCAUUCCGGAUGAGGCUAAACUGAUGCAUGAUUGGAAAAAAAAAACAUUUUAAAAAUAGCAAAUUUAGUACAUGAAAGAAAAACAGUGCAAGUAAAACACAAACAGAGCCUGUUUAUUUUACAAACAAGAGGCUCACUUUGUGCACAGUGCUUCUCACUUACACAAAAAGGCAGUGGGGGAAAAAAAAGAAGCAAACAGCAAGGCUCUCCAGGGAACAAGCACAAUCCUAAAGCCUGGCUGGCUAGGUGUGGCCAUCAGCUCAGAGAAUGCUCAAAACCAAUAUGAUUCUGAUACAGGCUAACACUGGGCUAGCAUAUGGGGCUGUUCUUGAAGCAGUACAUGCCUCCUCCCCAGUGCUUUUUUUCUGGGGGUACGCGGGGGUAUGCAUACCCCUAAACAUUUUGUGAAUCUAAGUUUGGCCUCAUUGAAGGGUAGCAUUUCAACAUGAGUAGGAAAACUCCUAAACUUUUUUUUAAAAAGGAAAAAAGCACUGCUCCUCCCUAUCUGCUAUAGUGGUUGUGCUGGAUAGGCUUCAAAACAUGGUAUGGAGUGUAGCAGGGCUAAAUUUCAGGCAGUACAACCAGUCUCACGGUUUUCCAGUUUAGAGAUACAUGGGAAGGAACUCUUUGCCAUAGCUAUACUUUUCAGUUGGAUGGUAUGGUAGGCCGUCAGUAGGAUGGUAUGGUAUUUUUAUUGGGGAAAUGUUGGAGGCUAUAGUAGGAAGCUAUCCUUAUUUCCAUUGGGUAAAUGUUAAGAGUCUAUAGUAGGAUGCCCAUAUAUUCAUUGGGGAAAUGUUGGAAGCUAUAGUAAGACAUCCCUAUUUUCAUUGGAUAAAGGUUGGAAGUUAUAGUAGGACGGCCCUAUUUUCAUUGGGGAAAUGUUGGCGGCUAUAGUAGGAUGUCUCUAUUUUCAGUGGGGAAAUGUUGGUGGGUAUGGCAGGAUGUCCUUAUUUUCAGUGGGGAAAUGUUGGAGGCUAUAGUAGGACAUUCCUUUUUUCAAACGAUAAAGGAUAGAAGGUAUAGCAGAGCGUCCCUAUUUUCACUGGAUAAAAGUUGGAAGGUAUAGUAGGGCGUCCCUAUUUUUAAUGGGGGGAAAUUGGAGGGUAUCAUAGGACGUCCAUUUUUUCAUCGGAGAAACGUCGGAAUAUAGGACGCUCUCCGACCCCCGAGCCAUCUGAAGGCAAUCCUGCAUUUAAAAAAAUGUUUCACGUUUUACUAUGUUUCCAAUAUAUGUCGGGGGCCGCCCAGACUGGCCCACCAGUCAGACGGGUGGGAAUAUAAAUCGUAAAAAAAACCAACACCCCAUGACGGAAGGGGACGUCCCUAUUUCCAUGGGAGAAAACGUGGAAACGCUCCCACUUCAGCAGCAGGGGAAAACAUUGAAGCCGCCCACCCCAAACAAAGGUGCCAACCCUGGGGGCGCCCACCUUAACCCGCCCUCGCCCAAAGCCAACCGUUCCGGAAAGAGGAGAGCCAACGGCUCCCUCGGGCCUAACCUCCCCUUCCUUUGCAGUUGACGCGCCUCUUAACCUUCCGUCGGAGUCAACGCGGCGGCGGCGGCGCUUGGUCCCUCAGGCCCGCUUCCUCCGGCGCCGUUUAACGACUCCCCGCCUCGCGCCCGGCUGCCUCCUCGCGAGGCGCACGCGGCCCUUGGGCGGCCUGGCGCGCUUUCCCCUCAGGCCUCCUCGCGGGGGCCUUUCUUCCCACUUCUGGUUCCUUCUCCCCGAGGGCCGCGUUUCCCCCUCGAAAAACGCCGCCGAGCCGCUUCCUCCUCCCUCAGGGCCGCUUUCGCCGGGGCUGUUGCUGCCCUCGCCUCGAAGCCGGCGGCUGUAGUUGGAAAGGCCGCCGCUUCUUCGUGCCUCGCCUCAAAGGGGGAAGACCACUCCCCUCCUCGGAUUCAGUCCCAGGUAAACGGGAUUGUGGGGUUGCACCCCGAAACCUGGGGGGAGGGGAGGGGGAGAAAUUGCGAAAUUAAAAAAGGGCGGAAGGAAAGGGUUUCGUCCCGUUUCCCAUCCUGCUUUCGAAGAGCUUCGGGGAGUCGAGGCUUGAAAUUAGCCUUUUUCUCGCCCCCCCCUUUAAAAAAAUACACGGUAUUUUCUUGCUUCCUCGUCUUUUAUUAUGUCCCUUUUGACUUUCCAAGUGUUGGAAUGAAAGUCGGUAUUUUAGCUACCCGGAAGUGAAAGGAGCUUUUCUGCAGCCCCCCGAAUAUGUUCUGCAGCCGCGCCAAUAAAAACCAUCGUGUAUGUGUAUAUGUUUGUGUGUGUGUGUAUAUAUAUAUAUAUAUGCGCACGCACACACACUAUAUAUAUAUAUAUAUAUAUAUAUAUGCAUACUGAGGGGUCUUUGGGAACCCCAAUAAAAUAUUUGAGAAGGCCAGGCCUCCCCACAGUUGAUGGGCAUUUUAAAGAAGGUUGGAAAACGUUUAUGGACUAUAUGGGAAAUAAUUGUGUAUAGCUGAAAACGCAGGCAGCAUUAAGAUAAAUUCAGCAGUGUAAAUAGAUUUUGGUGGAUGCCAUAAUCAUGGAAUACUGAAUGGUAUAGUUUUUGUAAAAUAUGCAGGGAUUUAUGACAUGUACAAUGAACCAUGGAAAGAGAAAAAGGGAAGUCAUUGAUAUCUUAAGGAUAUAAAAUUAGUAUUUUAAAUGGUAGGACAGAAAAUUUAAUAAAAAAUUAAAUACACACACACACAUAAACAAAGUUGAUGGGCAUUGCCAUUCAAAUGGUGCGUGUUGCACACCACAUCAUGUGACUGAUUAUGCAGAGUGGGGAUUACCCCCCCCCCCAUAUUUUAUUCCAAGUUGACACAACUGUAUCUAUCUAUCUAUGAAAUACCAGAAUGGUAGCCCCAUUUGUCUGUUGCAGCAAAAUAACCUCCACGCGGCACCUUAAAGAGUAAACAAAUAAGCUUUCUCUGGUCUACCCAGUACAUGUGUACAUAUAUGCGGUUUAGUAUUAAUAAGCAGGGUAGAUGGGUUUAAAAUGUGGCCAUUUGUAUCCUGAUUUAGGCUCGGCUGAUCUCAAUCCGGUUUCCCAGUGGUGCUGCUUUGCACAUUUCCUGGAAGCAGUCAUGCGAAUGUGAUCCCAGAAUCACAACAUAGCAGGGUUGGAAGGUACCACAAGGCUCAUCUAGUCCAACAGUGCAGGAAUCUUUUGCCUAACGUGGGACUUGAACCCGCGACCCUGAGGUUAAGAGUCUCAGGCUUUGCCGCAUGUUAGUAUGAUUGUUGUUUACAUUUCCUCAUUUUUACAAGCAAGCUUUGUAUCUACAAGGAAGCUUUGUAUCUCUAUGUUUUGCUUGCUAUCCUUUUAUCUAUAGAUGGAAUGUAUUUAAAAGAGCCUUUCUUAGGACCAGCAUAUUUACCGUUUGUGAGGCUAAUAGUCCAGUCCUGUACAGGUCUACUCAGAAGUAAGCUCCAUUGAAUUCAAGUGGGACUUUGGCAAGUGAGUGGAGGACUUUAGCAGAAACAAGGAACAUAGGAAUAUGCACAUUGGACAGUUCUCCUCUUCCUUCCUGUGUUGUUCAUUUCUGCUUCACCUUUGCCCAGCUGCACCCUCACAAAAACAAAAUAUUAAACAAAAUUGCUAUGCCCAUUAUUGUCCAGGUUGGUCAGAUUUAAAAAAGAAAAGAGGAUAGUAUUCCUGCAUCUUUAAUAAUUGUUCAGUAGGGGGAUUUUGAGCCCUAUGUUGGGCAAAAGAUUCCUAUAUUGCAGGGGGUUGGACUAGAUGACUCUCAUAAUCCCUACCAACUACAAUUCUAUGAUUCUGUUAAAUAUAUGGAAGCACUGUCCUCUUUUUCAAAAACCUGGCCACUUUACAAGAGGUUGAAACAAGGUUUGAUAGUUCCUGGGUAGACUAUAGCACAGGCAUAGGCAAACUCGACCCUCCAGCGCUGGUCCUGUUAGCUGGGGAUGAUGGGAGUUGUAGUCGCAAAACAUCUGGAAGGCCGAGUUUGCCUAUGCCUGCUAUAGCAGUUUUAUAAAGUGAAAAUGAAAAACCUGCUUUCAGUGCAAGUAUUCAUAUCUGAGACGUAUUAAAAUGUUCUUCAGUUACACAGAAAAACCUUUUACUUGAUGUAUCUGGUAAAAGCACUGAUUCAGUUUAGAGAUGCACCGUAGGGAUAUCUAGAUUAUUUAAUAUUUGCCUAGAUGUUGUUUAGUCAUUAUUUAAAAUAAACUUUGUGUUUGAAUUUAAAACAAUAGAAACAAUGCAGUUUCUAUUUUUAAUUGUUUUUCUCCACCCUGAUAAAUGAGUGCAGGGGAAGAGAGGGAAAAGACGGUUUGGUCAAGUGUUAAUGGGAUGCAAAAAAUAAAAAUUGAUUAAAGCACAAAAACACACACACUUAAGAUUUUAAACUACAUGACUUUUCCAUGUUUUCUUCAAUGCUUUACAGAUUUUUUUGACUCCUCCUCCCCCAGCUGUUUCUGGACAGAUGAAAAGCUGUGAAUAUUUUGAGAUAUGGCAGGUGAGAUAAGAUUUUUGAAAAAUGUUUUGGAGAGAAGAUGAAGCAAGAACAGCAGUUUACUGGUCUUUCUGCACUUUGCAUACAUCUUGUCCCUUUAGUUUGUUUACAUAUUAGUCUACUUUUGGGUGAUGUUUAAAAACCCUGCCGUUCAACAGCACUGUCUCAUGGUUUGCAUGUCGCUGAGAUCUACCUUUUUAAUGCUAACUGUAAAAUAUAGAGAUGACUUUGCAAAACAUUGUGAACAUCUUUCAUUUCUUAUUACUUCUUAUUAAUUUCAUAAAUUGCAUCUUUCAUCUCAGUCCAUUCUUUCCCUUAAAUUGCUUAACUUUUUACUCUCCUUCCAGUUUUCUCUAGUUUCCUUACCUGUAUUAUUGCCAACUGUACUAGAACUGAAGAAUGCAUUUCCCCACUAUGUGAUAAAAGAAAUCAUUUGAUUAUUUAGAUGACUCAGAAUAUUGGACUGUUAGUUAUGUGUAGAAAUAGGCACUGUCUGACUGAUCUUUUGAGGCUCAGUAAUUUAGGCUUAGGGUAUCACUUAAACUUACCGUAUAGAUUUGGUUAUAUUUAUAUAUUAGAAAGAUUUAGGUAAAGGUAAAGGGACCCCUAACCAUUAGGUCCAGUCACGGACGACUCUGGGGUUGCGGCGCUCAUCUCGCUUUAUUGGCCGAGGGAGCUGUCGUACAGCUUCUGGGUCAUGUGGCCAGCAUGACUAAGCUGCUUCUGACGAACCAGAGCAGCACACGGAAACACAGUUUACCUUCACGCCGGAGCUGUACCUAUUUAUCUACUUGCACUUUGACAUGCUUUCGAACUACUAGGUUGGCAGGAGCAGGGACUGAGCAAUGGGAGCUCACCCUGAUGCGGGGAUUCGAACCGCUUAUCUUCUGAUUGGCAAGCCCUAGGCUCUGUGUACAUAGAAAUAAACGUUUACAUAAUUUCCAGUAAUAUAUAAAGAGAAGCAUGGUAUUCAAAUAUGAUAUUUCUUUUGAUGUAGUAGAAGAUAAAUAUAAUAUACUUGAGACUUUGAGUUGGUGUGCCCUAUUGGCAGGGAAAUCUGAAAACUGGAAUGGUAUCAAACCUGAUGACAGAACUGUCAGUUAAAGUCAUAUAUUACCUGAUUAUGUCAAACUUUAUUUUGGUUUUCCAGGUAGGAGAGUUUCAUCUUUGUCAACAAAAUUUCUAGAUGUAGACCUGAAGAUUACUGAUGUAAACUACCAUCCAAAAGAAGUUCUUGUGAAAUUUCAAGGCAGAUAUAACACAGAUUGUGAGUUUGAUUACCAUAUAUUGCAAAAUGAAAUACAGCAGGUAUCCAAAGUGAAAGACAGUGUUGGGAUUGGCGAGUUUUGUUUAGUAGAAGACUCUGCUUGUGGAGAAUGGUACAGAGGAAGAGUAGUACAAAAGAAGAACUACAUCUAUGAAGUAUUUCUUAUGGAUAGUGGGAAAAUCCUGGCAGUUGACGAGACACAUAUUGCUUCUGCUAUUGAUGAGUUGUUUCAACUUCCUCCCAAGAUGGUUUGUGGAAUUUUUGGAAAUAUACUUCCAAUUGAAGAAAAAUGGACUCCAAAAGCUCUGAAUUACUUUUCGUCAUUAAUAGAUUUGCAGAUUAAAGGCCAAAUACAAGCCAUUCUACCACACCAAACAUUUCUGCUUGACGUGCCAAAAAUCACUAGUGAUGUGGUUGAAUUAAAAUUAGGCAAACUUGUUGAUGGAGAUACAUUCUGUCUUAUUGUAGAAAUGUUAACUGAAUUGCCACAAGAGCUGCUUUGUAAGCAGAUGCCAGAUUUACUGCAACAAAAAUAUACAAGGCCGGAUUCUGUAUUAUGUAAUGAUCGAAUUCAAUCAGAAGUUCAACCAAUUAUGAAUAACCUUCAGCCGCUUUUAUCUAUUGGUGGGAUAGAGAAAGUAAAAAUAUCAGUGGCAGUCAGUCCAAGUAAAUUUUAUUGUCAACUGCUGCAAUACCAGGUGGAGAUGGAUGAGUUGACAGCAAACAUGUCUUCCUGUUAUGAAACUAGUACAGAAAAUGUUCCAUCCUGUGAGAAUCUAGGAGUCCUCUGUGCAGCAAGACGGAGAAAUGGCCAGUGGCAUAGAGGAGUGAUACAACAGCUGCUUUCUGAUAACAAAGUGAAUAUUUGGUUUAUGGAUUUUGGCAGCUAUGAAGCUGUGCCUUCCAGUUGUGUUUUAAAGCUUCAACCAGAAUUCAUGUCAGUACCUAGGUUUUCAGUUCCUUGUGCACUUUCCUGUCUUAGUUCUCAGGAUGAAACUGUAAGAAACGAUCAACUAAAAGAAUUCAAGGAGGCCUUGCUAAGACAAAGUGUUGUUCAUGCCCACAUUGAUUUAUUCAAUGCUGAUGAACAUUUGUAUUAUGUUACACUUCUUAAACAAGAGUCUGCAAUGCAUUAUGAACAUCUACCACAGGGGAGUGAAGUGAUUCCAAAACUUGACCCAUCCUUUAAGACUAAAAAAUCCUGUACAGGUGAGGAUAUAAAAAUCUCUGAUACAGAUCCUGUUUAUGCCGACUCUGUUCAUAGGAAUACUGUACAAUCAGGAGAUGAUUCAGAUUCAAAAGGCACUCAUUUAAUGUGUUCUCCUUUAAGAAUUCCUUGCAAGAGAGCAGAAAUGCAAAUCGGUUCUGUCUGUGUUGCUUUUGUAGUAUAUGUCUUGAAUCCAUCAAAUUUUUGGGUUCAAACUAUUGAUUGUCGAGAUGAGUUUGAAGCCUUGAUGAAGAAAAUUGCAGCUGUGUAUGAUACAAGUGAAACUGUUGACAAGAUUCUAGAAAAUCCAGAACCUGGAAAACUAUGCUGUGCCCGGUAUAGUAAAGAUAUGCAUUACUACAGAGCUGUUAUCAGGGAAGUGAUGGACAAGAGUAUUGAUGUUUAUUUUUUAGAUUUUGGCAAUACUGAAACUGUACCACUCUUCAAUGUGAGAGUUUUGCUUCCAGAGUUUCUAGAAUUACCAGCUUUGGCCGUUUGUUGUUCACUUGCUAAUGCAUUUCCAAUCGAGGACAUAUGGAUUAAAAAAGAAACUGACUUCUUUAAAAGCAUUGUGUUCGACAAACCGCUCACACUGCAUGUAAUUGCACAAAAAACCAAUAAGUAUAUUGUCAGUGUGCAGUAUAUGAAUAACUCAGAACAAACUGAUGUUGUUUUGUCCAUGGUUCAGGCUGGAUAUGCAGAAUAUUGGGAAGUAAAGCAAGAUCCCUUUCAGAACAUUGUGGGAGAUUCUAAAAUGCAAUGCUCAAAACAAAAGAUACAUAAAAAGAGUUGGCAGAAGAAGACUAAAUUGCGGAGUCCUCUGACAAAAGAGCAUGCUGUUACCUUCCCGCGGUGGGAAAACACUCUUUCAGAUAAAUUGGGAAACACAUCUGGGAAAGGUGAUACCCCGAAGCCUUAUAAGGAGUAUCGGUUUAAACCAGGAACUGUAUUUGAUGUCGUAUGUUGUCGUAGUACUUCACCAGGUAACUUUUUCUGUCAGAUGCGAUCUAAACUGCCAGAGCUAUUUAACUUGAUGCAACAAAUUCAGUAUUAUUACAACACUCAAAAAAGCCCAUAUGAACUUGGACAACAUGCCUGUGUUGUGAAACAUUCUAAGGAUGGGAAGUGGUACAGAGCUGCUGUACAGCAACAUGUGUCCGAGACAGAAGUUGAUGUAGUAUUUGUAGACUAUGGUAACCAGGAAAGAGUUUUGUCAAAAGACCUCCAAGCUAUUCUUCCAGAAUAUCUGGUCUUGGAAUGCCAAACAUUCAGAUGUUGUCUUAAUACGGUCACUGAAUCCUUAACGUUUGACCCGUACAACUGGACUGCAGAGGCAUGUAGAGAUUUUGAGCGCUUUGUUUCCUCUUCUAAUGAUCUGCUGACCUGUACGAUUUCUGCCCUAAUUCUUCGGAGCCCCAACUAUUUAUAUAAUAUCGUUGACUUACAGACUCCAUUCACUACUUCGCAGCAGUUUCUCUUAGAAUGUGGUCAUGCCCAGUCUCGCUCUUUUGAAUUCGCAAGGUCCCUUGUGCCGCCAUUCUCUCUGUACACAUUUUAUUAUUCAUCUUUUAACAUGAAGAUUGGAAAUGAAGAAGGGGUGUGUAUAACACAUAUACACAGCCCUACAAAAUUCUAUUGCCAACUAAAUAGAAAUGUAGGUGCUAUAGACAAACUGUUUGAAAAGAUUGCAGAGGUUAGUCAAAUGACAGGCUAUACAGACCAGCUAAACACUUGCAAUUUAUACUUAGCAAAAUAUUUUGAAGAUGGCCUCUUCUACAGAGCUUUAGCAUCUCCUAUGGGCUCAUCAGAUUACUUGCAAGUAUACUUUGUAGACUUUGGGAAUAAACAAUCAGUAGCAAAAAGAGAAAUGAUUCCUAUUCCAAAUCAUGCUUCAGAAUUAUUAUUUACUCCUAUGCAAGCUAUCAAGUGUUACCUUUCAGAUCUAAAAGAUGUUGAAAUUACAACUGAAAUAAAUACAUGGUUUGAGAAGAAUUACUUGGGGAAAGAAAUGAAGGCAGUAAUCGUAUCUAAGGAAUCUGAUGGGCAGCUUGGUGUGGAGUUGUAUCAUGGAGAUCUACAGAUAAAUAGGAAGAUUAAAGAAUUAUUGAAGCACACACAAAAAUAUGGUGUUGACCCAAAAAUUAUAAACACACCCGCAGAAAAGACUGUUGGAGACAAAAACGUGUUGCAUAAAGUCAAGUCAGAAGCAGUUAAAAGAAAAAUUAAAAAUGAAGUAGUUGGUUGGAAGAGAGAAGCAGAAAAUGAAGCAAAUCCUGGCAAUCAGAGUGCUGGAAAAGAAAUUGCAUUUGAUCUGCAGAAACAGAGUACAAGGUCUGUAAAGCUCCCAGCAGCCUCAGAUAAUACAGAAUUGGCCUUGCAAAGCAAUCCGAGACAGAGAUGCAGAGAUACAUAUUGUGAAUCUUGGACUGAGUGUGAUAGCCCUCCUCGGGGUUUGAAGAAGAUGCCUCCAGAUAAAGAGUUGCAGAUCUUGAAACAAAAAUAUUUUGGAGAAGAAAGGUGUAGUGGUACCAGGAAAAAGUACACAAACCUUCCACAGCAUCAUAUCCAGGCAAAUUCCAAAAUGUUAGUUUAUAUUUCUUCUAUAACUAGCAUGUCAAGUUUCUAUAUUCAUCGUGCUGAGGAUGAGAAUGAAAUUGUGCAGCUUGCUGAGAAGCUGAAUGGAGACUCACUGGUUCUAGAGCCAGAAACACAUGCUGAACUCGAAGAAGGUGACAUGGUUUUAGCAGAGUAUGAAGCUGAUUGCUGCACAUAUAGAGCUGUCAUUAGAGGUAUUAAAUCAGAAAAAUCUUUUGAAGUAGAGUUCAUUGACUAUGGUAACUCAUCAACUGUGAAUGCAUCAAAAAUAUACAAGAUGGAAAAGGUUUUCUUAAAUUUUCCAAGAUUCAGCAUACACUGUUUUCUUAGCAAAGCAAGAUAUGCAUUUCCAGAUAAAAGUUGCAGUAGCGAUAUGGCUGCCUGCAUUGCCAGUAAAGUAAAUAAUCAACUAUUAGCGUUAGAGUUUUUACAACAGCAUGGUGAACAGUGGGAAGUUGAUGUAUUCUGCCAUGAAAUGUCUAUGAUCAAUGAGUUAGGUUUACAGAAUAUGAGUCUGUUAAAUCUUAAUGAAGUCGUAAAACAUCUUCCAAUAACAGAUGUAGAUACUGAUGGUAAUGACCAAAGUAAAAAAUCAGAAAGCCGAAACGUGUCUGAAGUAUUAAUAAAAGCUGGACAUCCUUGGGAGAGCCACCCUAAGAUUCCCUGCCAAAAAAUAAAGCCUGGACAGCUAGAAUUGGCUGAAAUAGGUCACAUUUCAAGAGAUGGACGUUUCUAUAUAAAAUUGAAGAAGGAUGCCCAAAUAUUUUUUGAUUUAAACGUGAUGAUUACCCAAGAAGCUGAGAAGAACUCCUUGCUUGCAGUGGAAAAUAUUCAAGAAGGGUUAGAAUGUUUGACAAAAUCAAAAGAGACCUUGAAAUGGUAUCGAUCUGAAGUUAUUAAAAAGUAUGUGAAUGAGGGUCACAUGUUAGUUUUUUUCAUGGACUUGGGAGAAUAUGAAAUGGUGUCAUUUCAUGACACACAGAUACUUAGUGACAAGUUCAGGAGUAUUCCCCGGAAUGCAAUGCCUUGUAAAUGGGCUUGGGCUGAAAACCUAGUGGACAUGUCUCUUGAGAGCGUGUUGAAGAUUAUAAAAUGCCAUGAGAUCAAGAUCUUGUUUCUGAGAUACCUAGAAUCUACUUUUAUGUGGGAAGUGGAUAUUUUAAUAGAUGGGAUUCUCCUUUUGGAAUACUGGAAUCAAAGAUCUUGCCAAAGGGUGCUGGAGAAAUGUAACUUACCAGAAAAUAUAAAAAUGGGCAAAACAAUGCCUAAAUUGUCAUUCAGACCAAAUUCUGUUUCCUGGGCACCAUUCCAGAAUGAUCAGUAUUAUACUGGGUUUGUGACGUCUGUCACUGAUCCUUCAAACUUCUGUAUCCAGUUAGAAGACUCAUUUAAGUCUCUAAACGCUUUGUUCAAGUUACUCUCUGACCUUCCAGAAAACCUGCCUACAAUUCCACAGGAGCUUGUCGUUCCUGGUACCAGUUGCUUGAUAAAGAUUGGAUCUAAUGAAAAGUGGAACAGAGUUGAAGUUUCUGAAGUCUCCAAACUCUCUAAUCUCUUAAUAGUUACUUUUAUUGAUGAUGGGUUAUCAGUUCCCAUCCCCAUUUCUGAUAGUCACAAGCUGAAAGUUAUCCCAGAAGAGCUUGCUAAAUUACCUCGAUUAACUUAUCCUUGCUCUUUGUUUGGAGUGUCACCUGCUGAUGGGCAACACUGGAGUGAUGAGGCAAAGCUUAAAAUUCAAGAAUUUCUUAGUAGACAAGGUCUCGCAUUUAAGCUGAAACAGUGCCACAGUGGGCAGAAGCUAGAGGCUGUUGUGUUAUGUGAUAAGAACAAUGCAGCAGAUAUAUUGGUUGCUUCCAGAUGUGCUGUGUAUUCAAAAACUCCAUAUUCUUUUGGUUCAAUUAAUAGUGCAGAGCUUCAUCCAUUGAAUUCACAGAUAUUAUGUGAUUCAUCACAAAUAUGUGGUCAGAAGAAUUUGGAUGCACAGAUUGCUUUGCUGUCAGUUGAGGGGGGAAAGCCACAAAAUUCAAGUUUGCAACUCAGUUGUGCUUGUGUUAAUGUUUCGAGAGGGAACAGCUCAAAAGGACUGGGUUCAAAGAGAAAAGAGUGGCACAAAGCUUGCUUGCACAUUAAUGGAAGAAUGACUGAAACUCGGCUUAAGUAUGACAAGAGAUUUUGUGAGAGAGAAAGGCGACUCUAUAGUACAGGCAUACUGUCAGAAUCAAUCCACGAAAUGCAUGAUCUUAUGGGACUGAGCACCAAGAUUGAUGGGAUGCAAAUUUAUGAAGAGAGCUAAUCACACGAACGCUUCACUAGAAAGGUCAGUUUCAAACGUCUUUUAAAACUACCUUUGUUCUUUCCUAUGUAUUUAAUAAGAAAUAUAUUAAACCCAGAUGUAAAUGCAAUGAAGCCUGGGAUCCAAAGAAUCAUGUACUUAGUUUUCCAUGCCCAAGGAGGGGGCACUGUGAGCUUCCAUGAACACUGGGAUCAAUUGCCCUAUGUUGUAGUAGUAGUAGUAGUAGCAAUAAUAAUAAUGUUUAUUAUUUAUACCUUUGCUAUCUGGCUGGGUUUCACUAGCCACUCUGGGCGGCUUCCAGCACAUAGAAAAAUAAGAUAAAAUGUCAAACAUUAAAAACUUCCCAAUACAGAGCUGCCUUCAGAUGUCUUCUAGUCUUCUAAAAGUUGUGUAGUUCUUUAUAUCGACAUCUGAUGGGAGAGCGUUCCACAGGGAGGGCACCACUGCUAAGAAGCCCUCUGCCUGGUUCCCUGUAACAUUUCAGUGAGGGAACCACUAAAAGACCCUCAAAGAUGGACCUCAGCGUCCAGGCUGAACAAUUUUUUUUAGGGAAGGAAAUAGGGGCAUGUUUGUUCCGGAAAAGUCUUAGUCAUUGUCAUAUUCAUAAUAAAUCCUUCUCUUUCACACUCGCAAAUUCCUCUUCGUAGGAAUUUAAAAGUGAUCUAGUCUUGACACUUAAGUUUGGUUUGGCCCCAAUAUUUUAUCCACAUGAAUGUGACUCUGUACAGUUCCAGUUUGGCAACAGUGGAAACUUCAUGUAUUUCUGGAAGUGAUUAUGCGAAGUCCCCACAUAUGUAAGGCAUGUCUUUGAAGUCAUGCACAAAGAAUUUCAGGUCAGUUGUUGUUUUUGAAAAUGUUUCAUUUGCUGUCUACAUAGAGCAUCACUUUACAUUAAACCUAGGCAGUUUAUUGUGUUUGUUUUGUCCCUAAUCAUGUAUUGAAAAUUACUUGCUUUCCAGGUUAAAAUCUGAUAAGAAGAAUUUCAACAGUUGGAAACAAGUAAUGGAUCUGGAUGCCAGUCAGUGCAUCAACUUUCACGAGAGAAAUUUUAAAAGGAAUUAUUUAAAAGGAAUUACACUUCCGUAAUCACAAAAAUAACAACAGUCCAUGAACCCGAAACGUUUGUAACAGGUCUACAAGGUUGACCUUAAGCUUGCAGCUUUUUGUUAAUUUUCUCUUGAUUUAAUAUUUGCUCUUGUAAUGAUCAAAAGGGAGUGGUAUCCUUGCCAACAAGUGCACAAUGUCCUCUUACAUAGUAUAACGUUUCACCACCAUUUUAUUUUAUUAUUGAAAUUUAUACUAAUACAUAACAGUCACUUGCAAGUUUUGUCUGGUUAUCAAAAAUAACCAGCGUCAACCAACCAGAUUCUGAGACAUUGUAAUAAAUGUUCUACAUGGUUUGAUUGAUGUACUCAAGGUGGAAUUGCUCAUAUAUUGGUUUUCAUAAGGGAAAGUAGUGUGAGAAGCAACAGCUUUUUGUUCUGACAUUUGCUGAGUUUUGUGGGUGUUUUCUUUAAACACACUGUUAUGGGAACUGCGCCUACUGCCAGUCUAAUGUUUACCAACCAAAAAAGCUUGAUCUGAUCUAAACUUCAUAGGAAGUUGGUCUUUUGAUUUCAGUGAACUUAUUUCCAAGUAAGUGCAUUUGCUGAAUGCAAAUAUAGUUGCGAACUAGCACACGUUUUGGCAUUUUCAGUGUUUCUUUUUACAAUCUGCUGCUUAACUCACACAUUAAUUAGGACCCAACACACACACACAAGUUUACAUGCAAAACAAUGUGAGCAAACUCUGCAAUACAUUUUAUUGUAUGUGUGUCAUGUUGUAAUAGGAAAAGCUGUAAUACAUGUAAUGAAUAUUUAGUUAUUAGGUCAUAAGGAAAAGUAGUGCUGAAUAUUGAUUUGUGUUUUAGCUGUCUUUCCUAUUUUAAUUUUCUUUGUGUAUGUUAUUUGAUUAGUCAUAACGCUGAUGCUUACAUCACAGGUAUAAAUGUAUGUGUAUCAGGUGUCCAGGGAGCCUCAUACGUGUACCAGGGCACGCUGAAUCUCACAUUUCUACUGCUGAAAGUCAUGCUGCACUGGAUCCCAAUUGUGAAGGUUCCCCAACUUAGUGGAGUUCCAUUGAGAAGUGGAAGUUCUGCCUGUAGCUCAGUUUAUUCUGAGACACAUGUACACCUCUCCAGUCUGCUCAUAUACUUGAUCUGCAGCAUGUCUUAUAAUCUGCUGGUUAAUUUCCACAAAUGGAUGGUAUAUUUUAACCAAUGAAUCUUGUUUGUGCCUAUGUGAUUUGUUUAACACAAUUGGCUUUAAAAGUGUUCCCACAUUAGUCUUUUGACGGGACAAACAGAGAUUGGUUGCUUCUGCAUCUUCAUCUAUAGGAACUAGAAUUGUGUGUUGAUGUACUAUCGUAUACGUCAGAAUUUUCAAAGUAAUCCAGUUGCUAGAUUUUAUUCAGCUACCAAUUUAGCUUGUAUGCUAGGAAAUAUGCAUGUAGCAUAAAAAUUAUGCACAUUCUUAUUGAACCUACUAGAAAAAAGCAGGCCUUUAAAAUUUGUAUUUUAAGUUUUGCAGGAUAUGUGUAAACUCUGUACAUACUUUGUUUACUGAAAUGAGAGUGCUCUUUUAUUUAAACUGAUGGUAACAGCAAUAAAUCUGUGGUAAAGGUUUAGGCUGUCUAUUGCGUUCUAGUACAACACUGUCCUAGCACUUGCUGAAAGCUUACUUAGUAGAAACAAAUAUAAAAUUAAGUCCUGCUGCAAUCAAAUAAAUGCUACUUUUACAUAAGGUAUCAGGGACAGGGGUUUUUUCAUGCCAAGCAAAGCAAUCAUAAUAUACAGUAAAUCAUAUAACUGCUGCUGCUGUUUGGAAU